AUGGAGCAGGGCACGACGACGGCGCCGACGCCGCUACCGGAACUCGCCAAGGAGACAGGCAAUUGCAUCGCCGUUGUCGCCGCUGGAGGCUCCGCCUUCUACUUCCUCAAGGGCCUGCGCAACUCCCCCACAGGUGGCCGCCUAGCCGGCGCCGCCCAGGCGGUCCGCGCAAACGCGCCGCGAAUCGGCGGCUGGGGGGUCUGGCUCGGCGCCCAGGCAGCAAUUGACAGCGCCCUGGAGCGCGUGAACAAGGACGACCGCUUCAACACCAUGAUCUCAUAUGGCGCCGCCAGCGUCCUCGUCUCCGUGCUCCGGGGGCCACGCGCCGCCGCCUUCUCCGGGAUCAAGGGCGCCGUCUUCGGUGGGCUCGUAGAGAUCGCUAUACGCGGCCUUAAACGCUUCGAGGCCGACCUACCGGAACCGGAGAAGUGA